GUUUGUCCUCCCGACCAUCGCUUCCGCCGGAAGUGGCCUCUAGGCGCAAGUGCCCUUUCGUUUUACUCGCGUGUGCGCCGGUGCUCCGGGAGCGGGUCCGGCCACAAUGGCGGUCAGCACUCUGCUGCGCGCGACGCCCCUCUUCGGCGGUCUCGGCAGCGGCCCGACCCCGCUGCUGCAGGGUCUGUUGCGGCCGCGGAAGGCGCCGGCUCUGUCCGCUCUGUGCCGCGGCCUGGCCGUGGAGGCCAAGAAGACCUAUGUGCGCGACAAGCCCCACAUCAACGUGGGGACCAUCGGCCAUGUGGACCACGGCAAGACCACACUGACCGCGGCCAUCACGAAAAUUCUCGCCGAGGGUGGCGGGGCCAAGUUCAAGAAGUACGAGGAGAUCGACAAUGCCCCGGAGGAGCGCGCCCGCGGCAUCACCAUCAACGCGGCCCACGUGGAGUACAGCACGGCCGCCCGCCACUACGCGCACACCGACUGCCCCGGCCACGCCGACUACAUCAAGAAUAUGAUCACAGGCACCUCCCCCCUAGACGGUUGCAUCCUGGUGGUGGCAGCCAAUGACGGCCCCAUGCCCCAGACAAGAGAGCAUUUACUGCUGGCCAAGCAGAUUGGAGUAGAGCACAUUGUUGUGUACGUGAACAAGGCCGAUGCUGUCCAAGAUGCCGAGAUGGUGGAACUUGUCGAGCUAGAGGUCCGGGAGCUGCUAACUGAGUUCGGCUACAAAGGGGAUGAAGCCCCGGUCAUCGUAGGCUCUGCCCUCUGUGCCUUGGAGCAACGUGACCCGGAGCUGGGCUUGAAGUCCGUGCAGAAACUGCUGGAUGCUGUGGACACUUACAUUCCGGUGCCCACUCGAGACCUGGAGAAGCCAUUCUUGCUGCCUGUGGAGUCGAUUUACUCUAUCCCUGGACGGGGCACGGUAGUGACAGGGACAUUGGAGCGAGGCACUUUGAAGAAGGGAGACGAGUGUGAGUUCCUAGGACAUAGCAAGAACUUCCGCAGUGUGGUGACAGGCAUUGAGAUGUUUCACAAAAGCCUGGACAGGGCAGAAGCAGGGGAUAACCUCGGAGCCUUGGUUCGAGGCUUGAAGCGCGAGGACUUGAGGCGGGGUGUGGUCAUGGUCAAGCCAGGCUCCAUCCAGCCCCAUCAGAAGGUCGAGGCACAGGUUUACCUCCUCAGCAAGAAGGAGGGUGGCCGACACAAGCCAGUUGUAUCCAACUUCAUUCCUAUCAUGUUCUCCCUGACUUGGGACAUGGCUUGCCGUGUCACUUUACCUCCAGGAAAGGAACUCGCCAUGCCCGGGGAGGAUGUGAAACUCACCUUAGUCUUGCGGCAGCCGAUGAUCUUAGAGAAAGGCCAGCGCUUCACCUUGCGGGAUGGCAACCGAACUAUCGGCACCGGCCUCGUCACAGGCACAGUGUCCCUGACUGAGGAGGACAAAAACAUCAAGUGGGGUUGAGUCUGGAACCUGCUCUGGCUGCCCUGUAUUCGAGCUGGUCAGUGUCGUCCUGCUUCUGGUGUCCCCUUCCCAGGGCACUUGCUGCAACUGGGAGAGCACAGCUAGACGGGUAGACCUGCCCUGGUGCGAGGGGCUGUGUGCCUUGCCAGGGGAGGCGGUGUAAUAAACUGUUCUGUGAAUAGGCA